UUAACCGAUUACGGAAGUUGACAAACACUGCAAAUGGCAUCUAAAUUCAAGUGACAAUGUUAAGAAACCUGUUGUUAUACGUUUUGAUUCAGACUGUUCUUGGACAGUCCUCUGUGUUUUUAAGGUGGUGCGUGUCGACUGAUGCGGAGAAAGCAAAAUGUCAAAAUUUUCAGAACACGCUCAAGAGUACAACCAUAAAAAAUGCAGAUAUUAACAAAGUCAUUCCUGAUUUUUCAUGUGUGGUUGGAUUUGACACAUUUGAAUGUAUGAAGAUGAUCCAGGAUGGGAAUGCUGACAUGAUGGCAUUAGAUACAGGUCAAGGUUAUUUUGCUGGGAGAUAUCAUAAUAUGCAGCCUAUAGUAGCAGAAAAAUAUGCAGCAACUGCAGGUGAUGAUGGUAUGAACUAUUAUUCUGUAGCAGUAGUUAGGAGAAAUAGUAUUUAUGGAAGUGGUGCAGGUACUGGCACACAAUUAGGGAAUGGACUGUUGGGCAGUAAUGCUUGUUUUCCAGGUAUUGGAACAGCAGCAGGGUGGCUAUACCCUAUCAGUGUAAUGUUACAGAAUGGUGAUAUUAAAGUGACAGAAUGUAAUGCUGUGGUGAAGGCUGUGACAGAUUUCUUCCAUAACAUGUGUUUACCUGGAGCUCUUACUUCUUUCUAUAAUCCAUUUGGUAACAAUCCAACAGAGAUUUGUCAGCUAUGUAAAGGAACAUCUGGAACUAAAUGUUCUACAAAAGAUCCCAGUGCUGGAUAUGAUGGUGCUUUCCGUUGUUUACAGAAUGGUGAUGGAGAUGUAGCUUUCCUUCGUCAUGAUACUUUGAUACAUUUAACAAACAAUGCUUCCUCUGAAUUUGUCUUAUUAUGUCCUAAUGGUGGGACAAGAGACAUUCAAGACUACAAGAAUUGUAAUUAUGGAAGUAUUCCUGCAAACACAAUCAUGACAUCAGCAUUAAAAGACAUACAAACUAGAGCUGCUUAUAAACAAUUUCUACUGCAAGCAUCAGAAUGGUUUGGUGUAGGAAAACCAUACGUAAGCUUAUUUAACAUGUUUAGUUCUGAUUCAUGGCUUGGAUACGGAGGUCAGAGAAACUUACUUUUUACAGACACAACCCAGGAACUAGUAGAUGUAGGAGACAAAGACACAUAUUACAAAUGGGUUGAUGCCAAGUUUUAUGACAAUAUUGAAAAGUUGAACCAAUGCCCAUUGAACUAUGCUAAAUGGUGUGUGAUCUCUGGUGGUGAGAAGGCUAAAUGUGAGAACAUGAUGAUGGCAUUUGGAGCUAAAGAUUUGAAGCCAAAGCUGGAUUGUGUAUUGGGUAAAAGUGCAGACCAUUGUAUGCAGCUGAUUGCUGACGGGGAUGCAGAUAUGAUGACAUUAGAUUCUGGAGAUGUUUAUUUAGCAGGAGAAAAAUAUGGUUUAAAACCUAUAGCAGCAGAGGAUUAUGGAAAUAUGGAUGCCUCCUUUUAUGUUGUGGCUGCAGCCUGGAAAAGAAAUCCUACCAUGACCUUGUUUAACCUUAAAGACAAGAGAGCCUGUAUGGCAGGAAUGGGUAGAGGUGAUGGAUGGAUUGUUCCUGUCAGUAUAUUUAUAGAAACAGAACAGUUUGUUCCACAGUACUGUAGUAUAUUUGAAAAUAUUGGUCAGCUGUUUAUUAGAACAUGCAUACCAGGAGCACUGGAUUCUGAGUACAAUCCUAACCAGUAUCCUAUAAGCUUAUGUGAAGCAUGUGCUGCUGGUGGCUACAAAAAGUGUCAGAGGAAUCAGAUAGAACAGUAUUAUGGUGCCACAGGAGCUUUCCGUUGUCUUGUAGAAAAUGGAGGAGAUGUAGCGUUUGUGAGACAUUUGACUGUAAGAGACAAUACUGAUGCACGAAAUCAUGCCAUCUGGGCCAGAAACAGAAGAUCUGAUGAUUAUGAGUUGAUGUGUAAAGAUGGAACACGUAAACCUAUUGAUGAAUGGAGAACUUGUCACUUGGGCAAAUUGCCUUCUAAUGCUGUUGUUACAGGAAAACACAAGUCAGAGGAGGAUGUAAACAUAUAUUGGCAGCUGUUGAAUUAUGGACAGCAGUUUUUCUCCUCAGAUACUGAGGGAGAUUUCCACAUGUUUGACUCUGGUACCUGGUACAACGAUCUCAUGUUUACAGAUGAUACAGUUCGACUUAUUAGGGUGCCUGAUAGCCGUAACACUUUUUCAUCCUACCUCGGGCGUGACUUCAUAGUGCAAGCAGAAAGGUUACAGAAAUUUACAUGUGUAGCAGUAGGAAGUGCACCAAAGACAAGUCUAAUUCCUGUGUAUCUGAUAACUGUUAUUAGCAUAAUAAGGAUCUUUGUAUGAUUGACAUGUGAGGUGACAGAAAUCAACAUCAUUUGUAAAUAUCAUGACCAGGAUGUAUAUAUUGUAAUCUACUGCAAUCUGUUUGGGAAAUAACUAUGCAUAUUUAGAAGUUAUUUUAAACUUUAAUUGAUAUGAAAACUAAUUUCUUUUGUUUGUGCAUGGAGUAUAUAUAAAUAAAUGUUAAAUUGCAGUCAAUGCACAAUUAUUUUGUUAUUAUGAUGAAUCUUCAUUUCUUGUGGCAGACCAGAAUUGAAAAUAUAAAACCCAUGCAUGUCUUCUAUUAUUUUGGAAAGAACAAAUCUUAAUUUCAAUCAUUUAUCAUUUAUAAGAUGAUAAAAUUUAAGUAGCAACAUUUUUGAUAUUUGAAUAAUUUUUUAAAAUCUUUGUAAUAAUGUUAAGUAAUUUUUAUAAAAAUGUAUAUAUUUUUUUAAUGUAAAAUUUGUAGAUAAUGUGUAUGUACUUGUAUAAACUAUGUGUUGUCCCCUUUAUGUAAAUGUCUGAAAAGAUUCUGUUCUCAUUUAUUCAUAUUGUCAAUAAUUCUUACAAAAUCUAGUAUGAAAUUUUUUAUGGUGAAAAACAUGUAGACUUUCAGAACACCACAGGCAAUAUAGUUACAAUAAAUGAUUUCUCUGUUUAAUACCAUGUCUUAUGGAUGUUUAGUAUAAGUUCUGAUAAUGACAUCAUGUCACUGAAACAUUGAAAGCUUUUAAUAAUCUAUGAACCUAUAUUAUAAGAAUAUAUAAAAUCCAGUUAUGUAAGUAAGAUUUUGGAUAAAUGAAAUAAAUAAGACAGAUUUAAAGUAAGACAACUCCAAGCACACAAGGACCUAAUUUGUAAAUAAGACUGAAAAAGUGUAUAUAUAUACCUGUUUAAUCUACAUCAUUAAUAUAUCAAGAAGUGCCAUGUCUGUUUUUAUGUAUACCAGAACAGUGAAUGGUUGUGAAUGAUAUGGUUAAAUUUUAUUCCAUUGUUACUGUACAGAAGUUUUAUUCUUAAUAAGAGGGUGUGUUAAAAUGAUAUCAUAAAUGUAGCCUUUGUUUUUAGCUUACAAAUUUAAGUUUUGAAUAUUUUUAUGAAGAAGACAUAUUUAGAAAAGUGCCUGUAUUGUAAAAGAAGCUUUCAUAAAAAUAUAAUGAAAUCCAGUUGAAAAUAGAUCACACUUGUCAGUGAGCUUAUGCCUUUCUCCCAUUUAUUACUUUUUUAUAUGUAAAUAUCAAUUUCUCAUAUUGGUGAGAUCCUGACAAAAUAUUUACACUGGAUUCUAUCUAGAACAUUAUAAAAUUUAAGUCUUAUUAUACACUUAAAAAAUUCCCUUUGUUUAAAAAAAUAAAAAGAGGGAAAGACAAGCCACAGUUAAUAUUUUUUCUGCAUAUGAAAGAAAGAAAUUGUUCACAAAUCCAUAACAAAAAAAUCUCUCUACUGAGCAUUCAGUUUUUUACUUUCUCCUCCACAAAUAUUUUAUUUUGUUGAAAGUUGGUGGUUUGUGCCAUCCCAAAAUGAACUCAUAAAAAGGUUGUUUUAUACUUUAUGGGAGUUGAAUAAAACUAUGUAUCACACCACAGAAUUAAGUUAGACAUGAGUUGUUAUCAAUAUUUUAAUGAAUCAAUAGGAAUUUCUUUUUAAGCAUUUACUGUCGCACUCAUUUUAUAUUUUUCAAAUUCCAAAAGUGAUUUUAAGUGGUUGUGUGAUUGAAACAUAUCAAGUUUACAUUCCAUUUAUAUUCAUAAUUGUAUGUACAUUUCUGAGCAUAUCAAAUUUACUUGGACAUAUUUUAUAUAAUAUUUUUAUAUUGAAACUUUACAACUUUUCAUAUCAUCAUAGUGUUUAGAAGAGAUGAUUACAUUAAUUCCAUUCCAUAAUUUAAUAAAGAAUAAACCAGA